UCCCUGUAUUAGUAACGAUAACAAGUCGAUAUGGACGGAUAGAACGAGUAACUCUGCUGUAUAUCAUAAAAUAAUUAUGUCUUUGGUAAGACUGCAACAUUUGCAUGAACAUUAACUUUGCUUCGCUUCCACAAAGACGAUUCAAAUUACAGCCACCGUGAAUUGAUAACCUGUGAAUUCGGUACAGUAAUUAACAAAGGGAUUUACAAAUGCAAAUUCAGUGAUAGGAGAUUAACUUUUUGCAACAAAUCCUACUGCAUGAUGUAUUAAGGGGCUCGCAUUGUAGAAAAACCACCCACGCACUGUUGUUGUAAAGGAACAUUUUCUUCGUGUUAAACAUUGAAUUGUCCAAUGCAGAUAAAAACAAUUCAAAUGCAAGUGUUGUGGUAAGUGACAGGACCCUCACUGGAAGUGCCAUUACUGUCAUGAGAGGUUAAAGAUGGAAAGUAUGUAUACACGACAUGAAAGGAUCCACUCUGGAGAGAAACCAUUCAAAUGCUGAUAUUGUGAAAAAAAAAUUUGGUCAAACAAGCAACUGCUUAUCACAUGAAAGGACCCACACUGGUGAAAAGCCAUUCAAAUGCCAGUACUGUAAAAAGAUUUUUAGUGCAAACAGUAGCUGCAUAAGACAUGAAAGAACCCACACCGGAGAAAAGCCAUUCAAAUGCCAAUAUUGUCGAAAGGGUUUUAGUGAAAAACAUAAACGUACAGAGCAUGAAAGGAUCCACACUGGUGAAAGACCAUUCAAAUGCCAGUAUUGUGAAAAGAGUUUUAGAACAAAAGGUACUUGUGUAUCACAUGAAAAGAUCCACACUGGUGAAAAACCAUUCAAAUGCCAGUAUUGUGAAAAGAGUUUUAGUACAAAUAGUAACUGUACAGUGCAUGAAAGGACCCAUACUGGUGAAAAACCAUUUAAAUGCCAGUAUUGUGAAAAGAGUUUUAGUUCAAAAGAUACUUGUUUAUCACAUGAAAGGACCCACACUGGUGAAAAACCAUUCAAAUGCCAGUAUUGUGAAAAGAGUUUUAUUACAAAAGGUGCUUGUUUAUCACAUGAAAAGAUCCACACUGGUGAAAAACCAUUCAAAUGCCAGUAUUGCGAAAAGAGUUUUAGAAGAAAAAGUAGCCAUAGAAUACAUGAAAUGAUCCACACUGGAGUAAAUUCAUUCAAAUGCCAGUAUUGUGAAAAGAGUUUUAGUACAGACAGUAGCUGUAUAAUACAUGAAAGGAACCACACUAGAGAAAAACUAUUUAAAUGCCAGUAUUGUGAAAAGAGUUUUAGUACAAACAGUAGAUAUAUAAUACAUGAAAGGACCCACACUGGUGUUAAACCAUUCAAAUGCCAAUACUGUAGAAAGAUUUUUAGUACAAAAAGCUACUGUACAGUGCAUGAAAGAACCCACACUGGAGAAAAGCCAUUUAAAUGCAAAUAUUGUGGAAAGGGUUUUAUUGAAAAACAUAAACGUACAGAGCAUGAAAGGAACCACACUGGUAAAAAAACACUCAAAUGCCUGUAUUGUGAAAAGAGUUUUAGUACAAAAAGUAACUGUUUAACACAUGAAAGGAUCCACACUGGUGAAAGACCAUUCAAAUGCCAGUACUGUAAAAAGAUUUUUCUUACAAAAAGUGAAUGCACAAGACAUGAAAGAACUCACAUUGGAGAAAAACCAUUUAAAUGCCAAUAUUGUGAAAAGAGUUUUUUUGAAAAGCGUAAAUGUACACUGCAUGAAAGGACCCACACUGGUGAAAAACCAUUCAAAUGCCAGUAUUGUGAAAAGAGUUUUAAUGCAAAAAGCUACUGUAUAGCACAUGAAAGGACCCACACUGGUGAAAAACCAUUCAAAUGCCAGCAUUGUGAAAAGAGUUUUAGUACAAAAGGUUCUUUGAUAUCACAUGAAAAGAUCCACACUGGUGAAAAACCAUUCAAAUGCCAGUAUUGUGAAAAGAGUUUUUAUACAAAGUAUAAUUGUACACUGCAUGAAAGGACCCACACUGGUGAAAAACCAUUCAAAUGCCAGUAUUGUAAAAAGAACUUUAAUUUAAAAGGUAACUGUUUAAGACAUGAAAGAAGGAUCCACACUGGUGAAAAGCCAUUCAACUGCCAGUAUUACGAAAAGAACUUUAGUUUUAAAAAUACUUGUACACAACAUGAAAGAGGGAUCCACCCCAGCUUUUCAGUUCAGUCUAUCAAGAAAGAACUUCAAGGUGAGAAUAUUUCACCCAUGCUUUCACCGCAGUCUGUCAAAAAUGAAGAUUCUGCUUUGGGGAUGAAAGAAGAAAGUAAUUUCUGUACUGAUGCUGUAGUCAGAAGGGAGUUUGAUGAUAACAUUGACCCAAAAGUAAGGCCUGAUAUAUAUCCUGUUGCAUUGUUUAGAAAUGUAUUUGCAGAUUCUGGUGUAUAAUGUCUUCUUUAAGACAUGGAAUGAUCUCUAAGACCCCAUUCCCACAGAUUGUAGAUCGAUCUAUCCCGCAGGGAGUCUCUCUAGAUUACUGUCAGAUUA